CUCCGCGCUCUCACCCCGCGCGGCGGAUCACCCUGCGGACUCGGCGGAGGGUAGUCGCCGCGGCGGGCUCGGGCUGUCGGCGGGCUUCCGCGCAGGGCGGCCUGGCUCCGCGCUGCCGCCGCCGUGGCCCAUGGGCAGAAUCGUCUCGGAAGUCCGGCUUUAAUUAAAAAAGAUGUCCCUAUAUGAUGACCUGGGAGUGGAGACCAGUGACUCAAAAACUGAAGGCUGGUCUAAAAACUUCAAGCUUCUGCAGUCCCAGCUUCAGGUGAAGAAGGCAGCUCUCACUCAAGCGAAGAGCCAACGGACAAAACAAAGUACAGUCCUCGCCCCAGUCAUCGACCUGAAGCGAGGAGGCUCCUCAGAUGACCGGCAGAUUGUAGACACACCACCUCAUGUAGCAGCUGGGCUGAAGGACCCAGUGCCCAGUGGGUUUUCUGCUGGGGAAGUUCUGAUUCCCUUAGCUGAUGAAUACGAUCCUAUGUUUCCUAAUGAUUAUGAGAAAGUAGUGAAGCGUCAGAGAGAAGAGCGACAGAGGCAGCGGGAGCUGGAAAGACAGAAGGAAAUAGAAGAAAGAGAAAAGAGGCGUAAAGACAGGCAUGAAGCCAGUGGGUUUUCAAGACGACCAGACCCAGAUUCUGAUGAAGAUGAAGAUUAUGAGCGAGAGCGGAGAAAAAGAAGUAUGGGAGGAGCUGCCAUCGCCCCACCUACUUCUCUUGUAGAGAAAGACAAGGAGUUACCCCGAGAUUUUCCUUAUGAAGAGGACUCAAGACCUCGAUCACAGUCUUCCAAAGCUGCUAUUCCUCCCCCAGUGUAUGAGGAGCCGGAUAGACCAAGAUCUCCAACGGGCCCCAGCAACUCCUUCCUUGCUAACAUGGGUGGCACAGUGGCUCAUAAGAUCAUGCAGAAGUAUGGCUUCCGGGAAGGACAGGGACUGGGGAAGCAUGAGCAAGGGCUGAGUACUGCAUUGUCAGUAGAGAAGACCAGCAAGCGGGGCGGCAAAAUCAUUGUGGGUGACGCGACGGAGAAGGGCGAGUCUCAGGAUGCAUCCAAGAAGUCGGAUUCAAAUCCAUUAACUGAAAUACUUAAGUGUCCUACUAAAGUGGUCCUGCUGAGGAACAUGGUGGGUGCAGGAGAGGUCGAUGAAGACUUGGAAGUUGAAACCAAGGAAGAAUGUGAAAAAUAUGGCAAAGUUGGAAAGUGUGUGAUAUUUGAGAUUCCUGGUGCCCCUGAUGAUGAAGCAGUACGGAUAUUUUUAGAAUUUGAGAGAGUUGAGUCAGCAAUUAAAGCUGUUGUUGAUCUGAACGGGCGGUAUUUUGGUGGACGGGUGGUUAAAGCAUGUUUCUACAAUUUGGAUAAAUUCAGGGUCCUGGAUCUGGCAGAACAAGUUUGAUUAUAACCUAAAGUCACCUCCUUGAUCCUUACAUGAGCUGCAGACUGAGCAAUGAAACAGAGAUCAGCCUCCAUGGCUGUUGGACACUGAGACUCUUGGAUGGACUUCUGAGAUAUAUGUUGACGGAUCCCUUUUUUAUUUUGUGGUUUUUUUUUUAAUAUAGUAUAAAAAUCCUUCAAAAAAUUUUGUGUGCUUCUCUGGUUGUUUUCUCACUACUGCCUCUGUUGAUUGAUUCUGCUGGGAUUUCGUGCCAUGCAAUGAGUCAGACACAGAAGAGUAAGUCAUCCUUUUCCUCCUUCCUUAAUAAAGCCUUCCAGUUAUGGAGCUGUAGCUUUAUACAUACAUAAUAAACGUUUAGCCUGUAUUAAGAUUGAGGAAUCGAGAGCUCAUGUGAUUUGAUGGAUUGAGUUACCUGGUAUUUAAGCUAAGCCAGACUGCAAGGGUUGUGAUGGGUUUAUGGAGUAUAUGGGUAUAGAAAUUGUUUAGGGUGGAUUAGAAAUGUCAGGUUAACUUAAAGCCUAGAAGGUGCUUUAUAAGUGUGUGCCCAGCUAUGUUUGGGAAUAGCUGGCUGCUCCUUGGAGUUAUGUAUACUGACAAAAAUCUGAAACUGUUAGCGCUCGUAUGUGUAGUCUUAAAAUUCACAAGAUUUAGCAAGUGUUAGCUACUUUAACUAUAUUGCCAAUUAAUGUAAUUGUGGAAUUGUUGGAAAUUAUAGUCUUGAAGUACAGUAGUGUAAGUUGCUUAGAAAGCAUUAGCUGGACUACAAGAAAAAGAAAACAAACAUGUUUAGUACUGAGUUCAUUGUCAAGGAUGUACUUAUGUCUGAGUUCUUUCAGGGUAAUACCUAAAGGACAUGAACCUGUGUUCUGUCUUCAGAUUAUGACCUGGGAGGAAAUAACUCGUCUGCACACACACACACACACACACUAUAUAAACAUACAUAUAUAUAUAAUAUCCAUGGGAACACAUAAGGAUCUGUUUUAAAAUUUUUUUUUUCUUGUAGAAUGGAAUUUUAUGUUUUAGAGUAGUUCAUUUAAAAAAGUAAAUUAAGGUGUGGGGAGAUGGUUCAGUCAGUAAAGUGCUUGCUGGCAAGCGUGAAGACCUGGGUUGCAUAUGUAAAACAUAUAUAAAAAGCCUAGAUUUAUGUGCCCCUCUAAUCCCAGCCUGGGGGAGUGGAGACAAGAGGAUCUGUGGGGCUCACUGGCUAGCCAGUGUAGCCUUAUCAAUGAGCUCCAGGUUCCUUGAGAGAUACAAUCUCAAACAUGUGACAGAGAGUAAGUGAGGAAGACACUGAGUCAACCUUUGGCUUCUACAACUAUGUGCACAUUAGUGCACACACAAGUGGAUGUAAUAAUGUAUACAAAGUAAAAAACUGAACUAAGAUGAGUUUUAUGAUCAGAGUAUAUACUAUAUAAGUAUAUAUAGAGUGAAAGAAUUUUGUAUUUGGGACAUUUUAUAAGGUAGUAAGUGAGCAGCUGUGAAGUUUAUGCCAGCUUUCCCUGUGGAAUCAGGCAGAUGAAUAUUAAUGUAAACAGCUCUGAAGCCUCCAAGUACCUAGCUGCUGAAGGAUGGCUAGCUCUAAUGUGUGGGAGGUACACACUCCAGUCUGCUUUGGUUUUUGAGACAGGGUUUCUCUGUGUAGCCUUGCCUGCCCUGGAGCUUGCUCUGUAGACCAGGCUGACCUCAAACUUAACAGAGAUCCACCUGCCUCUGUCUCCCACCACCACUGCCAGUCUGCAAACUCCAGUCUUGAGUGCUUAUCUUGUGCACUAGUGCCUUCCAACACUGAAAAUCUGGUGACUCCAGUUACUUGGUAAAACAUUUAGCCAAACUUAAUUCGAGUUGAGAACAGUGGUGUUGGGGAAAUGAGAAUAGAAUGUUGGUGUGUGUUGAACUGCCGGGUUCAAAUCUGCCUUACCUGAAAAUGGAAAUGAUAGUGGUGUCCAUUUAAAAUUAUUAGGAAAAUUCAGUAAAUGAUGUAUUACAGUAAUCUGUUCUAACAAUUUGUAAAGGUUGUUUUUUUUUCCUCAUAGUUCUAGACAUUGGAAUAUAAGGACGGUUUGUUAUCUGUGCCCCUUCCCCCCACACUUUCUUCAUCAGUGGCUUCUUCCCACAUGUGUAAAAUAUUAACAUUUGUCUGUCACAUUCUCCCUUCCAUCUUGGGAUUCUCCAGCCUUCAUUUACUCACAUUGAAGUGCAUUGGAUGUCCUGUGAAGAUUUAAUGGGUACCAACAAAUGUUUAAUCUUGUGUAUUCAUCAUAAUACAUAGAAUCAUUUCAGUACCCUAAAAAUGUCUCUACUUCACCUACUUGUUCAAUCCUGGUAAUGACUGAGGGCUUUGCCAUUAACAGUUUUGCAUUUUCCAGGGUAUCAUAUAAUUGGAAUCAUAUAGCAUAUACUUUUUUUUUUUUUUUCAGACUAGUUUCUUAGCAUUGUAAGGGCUUGGCGCAUGCCAGUAAUCCCAUCACUGCAUUUAAGAACAGCCUGGACUAUGUAGUGAGAUUCUGUUUGUAAAGAUUCAUCCAUGUCUUUUGUGGCUUGAUAGCUUGUUUGUGACAGUCUAAUGUAACCCAGACAGGAGUUGUUUCCAUGCCCAGAGCUAAUUUAUCAUGAGCAAUAUUCCUUUCUGUAGCCUUUCACCUGUUGAAAGACAUUUUGAUUAUUUCUAGUUGUUGGCAGUUAGCAAAAGCUGUAGGUUUUUAGGGCUGUGGUUGUCAGGCAGUGUAGUUAAGACUGGUUCUCUUUAUCUGUUUUUACAGGUAUGUUAACAUACUCAUUUAGGAGGAAACUCUUGAAUUUUUUGCUUUUUGUGUGUGUGUGUUUUCUCAAUCAUCUAUUCCCUGUCUCUUCAUUUUUUUUUUUAUUGCUCUUCUGUUGUAUUCAAUUACAAAUUAACUCUUCUCCUAGGCCCCCUGAAUUGCUGUUGAAAAUUAUGAUGACCCCUGUCUAAUGGAGCCCAUUCACUUCAGACAGUUUUUGGUGAUUGAUACUCUUGACUACUCCUCCCUUGAGGUGACCUCUAUUCCUGUUACUGUGUGUGUUACCAUUCACCCCCUUUCCAGUGCUUGGACCUACUCUCCUAACCUUCAGACUCAUUUAUCCAGUCCUCCCUACAAAAGGUCUCAUUGCAUAGUAGACCUCAACCCCUUAUUAACUGUAUACUUCAUUCAUGCCUCGCACUUGGCUAAGCGUCUUCUUUAUAAGCUUUCGAAUAAACUCUAAUUUAGAGGAAAGCAUCCCACACUUCUGAGAAACCUAGGAAUCUUCCUAACUGCCCCCCGCCUUUAUCCCAUUUGUCUCAGAAGAUCAGUCUGCACUCAGUCCUUCAUUUUUAUUCAUGCUUCCACCUGCUACAGCCCAAAGUAAAUCCAGAAACGACAUUGACUCAAGAAAUAGAAAAGGUAAUCCCCAGCAUUAUGACCAAGUUAAUUUGUUCAUUCCAGAAAAUGAUCUAUGAGGGCUGAACUUUUUGAAUUAGUGAAUUUGUUAAGUAUCUGCUAGGCCAAAGUAAAAGAAUAAAUGACAAGUAGCAGAGAGAAAGCAGACAGCAAAACAUCAAAUUGGGUACUCAAAACUACCCGGUAGAAAGUUCCAGUAGAGCCCUAGGCAGAGAAAGGCAGGAGAUUUCAUGAUCCACAACAGAGACAAUGUGUUUUCCAAGAUGCCCUGUGAAAGGAAAUAAAUAAAUUGUGCUAUUUGGAGCCAGAUGAUGCCUUCCCAGAGAACGCCCAUCUAGGAUGUCAAGCACAGUGAGUUCUGUUUACUUGGGAACAAAAUGAUAUCUAAACUUAAGUUCAUGGCAGCCCCUCCCCCCUCUUGGACCACCUCUCUUGAGUUUUACCUGGAAAAUGCUUUACUUUUCCCAAGAGAGUAGUGUUACACUCUAGCUGCUGCUCGGGCCAUGUCUGUAUCAGUCUUUCCCCUUUCAUAGAGAAUCACAGCACACGUUCCUGAGUCCCUGGCUCAGACUUUGCAGUGCCAACAUGUCUCAUUGGGAAGUGAAUUUACAUCCAAGUGGGUAUUGGUGAUCACCUACCUCCCUACCCCCUCACCUGCCUGCUGCAGGGAAUCAGCCUGUCUGUAGGCUUGUGCCAUAACACCUACUUCUGCCUUGGUGCCCUGACUCCUUUCCUCGUAGGGCCCCAUGCUCUGUCUGUCCAUGGUGUUAAUAACUUAUUUGAGACAGGAUCUCACUUUGUAGCUCUGGCUGGCCUGGAACUUAGAUCCAAGUGCCUCUGCUUCCUAAAUGCUGAGAUUAAAGGUGUGUGCUACCAUACCCCACUGAUUAGCAAAGCUUCAAUAAAUUUACCUCCAGCAAUCUUACUCCCAACAAUCUGCCUGGUAUUCUCCUUGAACACUCCCCACUGCUUUCCCAGCAUCUAAAGCCUUUCACCUUUCUUUUUUUUUUUUUUAAACCUUGUUACAAAUUAUAUUCUUGAGCUGGAGAGGAGCCAGUGGUUAAAAAUACUUGUUCUUGCAGAGGUCCCAGGUUCAGUUCCUACUGGCAGCCACACAGUGGCUCACAACCAUAUGUAACUCCAGUUCUAGGUAAUCCAGCACCCUCUAUUGACAUACACAAGCAACACAGAUACGGGUAGUGCACAUACAUGCAUGUAGUCAAAACAUUCAAACACAUAAAUCAAACACAUAAAGACUCCUUGUCAGAGGCAGGCAGAUCUUUUGAGUUUGAAGUCAGCCUGGUCUACAAUAGUGAGUUUCAGGACGUCUCACAAAACCCAAUAAAUAAAUAAAUACAUUUUUUGGACCAGGUUGGAUGGAAGGGAGGUGAUUUCUUAGCCUUUAGAGAGAUAAGCGCCCCCAACAGCCCAUAUGUACCCACCUAAGGAAACCUAGCUAUGAUUCCUUUUAUCCUGUCAGGUGGUUUUACUCUCUGUUAGAGCACCUUUUUUUCAGUAAACCUAACUUGGCUUCAUAUUGGCCUCAUUCUGAAAUUCAUUUCUUUGCCACAAACCUAAGUUUUGCCUGGAAAAGAAAAGAGCUCUUCAGGUUGGGUGUGGUGGCAUUAAUCCUAGCACUCAGAGGCAGGAGGAUCUCCUUGAGUUUCAGGCCAGCUUGGUCUGACAGUGAAUUCCAGGCCAGCCAAGGCUACAUACUAAGACCCUGUUUUUUGUUUUGUUUUGUUUAAAAAAAAAAAAAAGCUCAGGCAACUGCCUAUGUGCUUUGGAGCUGUGAGCCCUGCUAGUGAUAUAACCUAAAAUUUGUUUUAACCAGAGAAGGGAAAGAUUAGAGAAAUAUUUUGUGUGUACGAUGCCUUAGGUUUGUUGUGGUCAGAGUUCUUUUCCUUUAUUAAUUAUAGAGCCAAAAGGCAGGCCGGAAGGCAAAGCAAGGGAUACAAAAACUCCUUGAGCCAGGAGGGCCCCAGACUUCAAAUCUACUGACUGUAAUGGGGGAUCUGGGUUUUUCUUGGGUUUAAGUUCCCACUCCUGAUGACCUACUGGUCCAAAGGUGUUCUGACCCCCUCUGGCACGAGGAUUGUGCCCCCUGACUGUGGCUGUUUAGCUGCUGAUACAGCCCCCAUCUUGGUGCAUGAGCGCAAACAGCUACUGGUUGGUUGGGUUUGGUACCAAUCAGGGUGGGCCUCCAAUCCCCUUUGUCUUUGUGGUAUAAAGGGAAAAGAAAUUUGCUGCAGGCUAAAGGAAAUGACCCACUUUCCCUUCCCCUCCUUUCCCUGGGGCCUGCUGCCUCAGAGUCAUGCUUAUUAUAACUGAAAGACUAUUAUACAUCCUUUUAAAAGUUACAUGAGCUGUGAUACUUUUAAUAUGUUUUUAGAGUACAGGAACUUCUGGAUUUGAUAGGUUUUUCCCCCUCUUUUUUCUGUUCUUACACAGUGUUUGGAAUACCUCUUAAUAAAUUCUGUUUUCCUGUUCUUGUC